AUGGCUACUGAAUGGCUUCUAGAUAAUGGCUACUUGCCAGAGCUAGUAAUCAGAAAGGGUAUCCGCAUUGAGCUUAAAGAUCGACUCAAUAGUAUUGCCGGUGGAUCCCUUGAGGAAGCUUCUUCUGCAAAGAUGGCACUUAUCGACUCUCUACGCUCCCGCACAAUUGCCGAAAACGUUGAGAUUGCAAACAAGGAGCACUACGAAGUAGACACUAUGGUCUUUGAACAUACCCUUGGAAAACGGAUGAAGUACUCCGCGUGUUACUACCCCACCCUUUCAACGACCCUAGAUGAAGCCGAGAUUUUCAUGCUCGAAAAAUAUGUUGAACGUGCUCAAUUGUCGAAUGGACAAUCAAUCCUCGAUCUAGGAUGUGGGUGGGGGUCAUGUUCACUUUACUUCGCAAAAAGAUUCCCUGGAUCCGAGGUUACUGGGCUUUCAAAUAGCCGGACCCAGAAAGAAUAUAUCGACGCCGAAGCGAAGAGGCAAGGAAUCAUGAAUUUGACUAUCGUCACAGCAAAUGUGGCUACUCAUGAAUUCGACCCAGCUUCUUUCGACAGAGUAGUCUCCAUUGAGAUGUUUGAACACAUGAAGAACUAUGAAAAGCUCAUGGGGAAAGUAAAUCGAUGGCUGAAGUCUCUCGGAAAGCUUUUUGUGCAUAUAUUUGCUCAUAGGGAGUUUCCGUAUGAGUAUGGGAGUGAUGGCUGGAUGGGAAAGUACUUCUUUAAUAAUGGAAAUAUGCCUUCGGCAGACCUACUUCUCUACUUUCAACGGGAUUUGAAGAUUGAAAAUCAGUGGUAUGUGAAUGGCAACCAUUAUGCCAGGACCUGCGAAGACUGGUUGAAGAACUUAAACAAAAGCAAGAGCUUGGUGUUGCCAUCCUUGGCAAAGACAUACGGAGCGGGUGAGGAAUAUAAAUGGUUCUACCGCUGGCAGGUCUUUUACCUGGCAUGUGCCGAAUUAUUCGCAUGGCAAGGGGGUGACACAUGGGGUGUCUACCAUUAUUUGUUCAUAAAAUCGGCUUAA